CCCAGCAACUCGUUGCGCGCGCCGCAUAUGCGCAUCAUCGUUACCAUCGUCAUCAUCGCCGCCGCCGUCGCAGAAAUCGUACGAAUUCCAAUUGUGAUUGAGUCGCAUGCUGUCGUCCGGUUACAUUACACCUGAUACGACAAUUGAUUGAGCAAAAUAAACAUUAAAUACGAAACAAAAUGCCUCCUUCAAAGCGCAAAGCGGCGACAGCCUCUUCAUCCAAAGUUGGCGGACCGCGCCAAUCGAAAUUAGCCAAAGAGAACAACAUCACCGCCCAAGAAGAAGCCGAGAUCAAAGAAGCAUUCAGUCUUUUCGCCGAGCCAAUGGAUGGCGAGAAGGAAGGGGUGAUUCCAAUAGGAGAUGUCAGACGGGCAAUGAUCGCCCUAGGCAUCCCCCCCAAAUCUAAUUCCGAACUCCGCGAAUUCACCUCCAUCCUCGACCCAGAAGACGAAGGUUUUGCCACGUAUCCUUCCUUCCUCGCCAUCUGCGCCAUCAAGCUUUCGUCACGGGACCGCACAAGCGAAGCGCAUAUGCGCGAGGUGGACGAGGCGUUUGCUUUGUUUGUUGGUCGCUCGGCACAAGAGAUUGCACGGCUACAUGACGAUCACAACGACGUCGAUGAUGAUUACGGACAAUAUGAGGAGGAAGAGGUGGACGGAAAAGAAGAACAAGAGCCGGUGAUAACCCUAGCCCACCUCAAAAGGGUCGCGGCCGUAUUGAAGGAGAAUGUCAGUGAGGAGUUGUUGAGGGAUAUGAUACUGGAGGCGAACGGUGGCGCGGGAGUGGGGAAGGGGGUGAGGAGGGAGGAGUUUGAUGGGGUCAUGAGGAGGGCGGGGGUUUGGAGGCUCGAUGAUUCUUUUCCCGUAUCCUGCGGUAUCCGAGAACGAGAAGACAGCGGCGACUGGGAACUAGGGACUGGAGCCAACCAGCAACUGCUGCGGCAUGACCCCAGUCUGCAUGCAAAUCGCUCUCGCGCCACAGGGCUAAAGACUUGGGCUGGACGCCUGGCUGGAUUGGAAUGCCACAUUCCAUAUCUUGAACUGUUCAGACGACCGCAGGGCAAGAGACUAGAUGGGGAUCCCGUGGUACUUUUAGCAUGCCUGCAGUCUCGUCACGGGAUCAUACGGCCCAGAGUGUUGAAAAGCAGGCCCACAAACCGAGCAAAGGGCAAAACACUCGAGCCGAGUGAGGGAAGCCGGGGACUUCGGGUCGACGGGAUAUCUUGGACCAAGGCCUGUCUUCUCUAAGGAAGACGAAGGUUGAUGUUUGAGGGAAGAGGAUUGCUGGAUAUUAGUGGGAAGCAAGAGCACAAGACCACGUCAAGGGGUAAAGCACGAGAAGCUCUUGGCAAGUGAGACGCGCACGAAAUCAUGAAACAGAUGGCCAACCUCUUGCGCAAUCGUAAAUGCUAAACAGUAUAAUGCAAGCUAUGACAACGUUGCCAUACGUUCUCAUCAUUCAUGAUACGUUUCUAACUCAAAUAAGUGGUACAUAUGGUACAGCUUCCCUCUGUGUGCCAGCAAACUGGAGAAGGGCAUAAACAAAUGAAACAAAAGAAGAGAACAGAAAGCGAAGAGACAGUGAAGUCUAGGUAUAUAGCCCAAAUGACAAACCCUAUAACGCCAUGCGAAAACAAAGAAAGUAAAGCCUUUAGGUCUUUGUGCCUAACCAUUAGGCAUAUUGGACACAAGUCGUCUCAGUGACGUCGAGUUUCAAUCGUCACAGAUCUCAGUCUC